CUGGACGUCAAUUGUGGGAUAACAGGGUGUAGAGCUGGAUGAACACAGCAGGCCAAGCAGCAUCAGAGGAGCAGGAAGGCUGAGGUUUCGGGCCUGGGGUUGUAUGGUCAGCUGAAUUCCGAUUGGCGGGCGGGCGACGCGGCUCCUCCAGCUGUCCGUUUUGUCAAUGUAGGCGUGGCCUGCUUCUAACGUCAUAGUGAGAGGGCGUGUCUAAGGGGCUGGGGCGAAAACGGCUGGGAGCACGUGUCAGAGAGGGGUGGAGCAAAUGGCGGGCGCGGGCAGCACGCUGGGGAAACCGAAGAAGGCGCAGGGGAAGAGCGCGCCGCCGGCUUCGGAGAAGACCGGGGCCUCACACCAGGCCAAGGGGGCCCACUCACCCACCGAGGUGGGCACGUCGCGUGGCAAGGGCGGGCCACUGAAGGCCGAUCUAGCACCGUCGGAUAGAGGUAGGCUUGCCAAGGACUUGGCGAAAUCCUCCGAGAAAGGCACCCCGCCGUCGACGCCGGCCAAGGCAACGGGGGGCAUUCCCCUGAAAACCAUCAACAGCAGGACCCAGUUUGACAAGUAUAUCAAAGACGCUGGCGAGCGUCUGGUGGUCAUCUUCUUCUCGGGCACCUGGUGUGAAACGUGCCAGGGCCUGAAGCCCGUCAUGAGGGAGAUCGCCCAGGUCAACAACCUGGUGCACUUCUACGAAGUGAACGUCGACGACUCGGAGGACACGGCCGAAGCCUGCGACAUCAUCCACAUUCCGACCUUCCAGUUCUACAAAAUGGGCAGGAAGGUGGCUGAGGUCCUGGACGACAGCCGAGAAUCUGUGGAGGAAAAGAUCAAGGAAUUGAAGUAGACUUGUCCCAUUAAGUAAUAAAAGCAAAACAAUCCGGAAGGAAUGCAAACCUUUUCGAGCCAAACUGCCUUCAAGUCUAAUGUCCAAACGUUUUAUUACCUGGUCUCUUCCCUGUCUUGAGAAGCAGCCUUGCUUGUUGUGAUAGAUGACCCCUCCUCCCAGUUCUAAGCUAAGGUGGAAGAGCGUAAUUGAACACUCAUAUGUUCUGUCCUUAUCUGCCCUCUUUCUGCUUUUAUCCUUUGAAAGUGAUCUGAAAAUAAACAUGAAGACAACCCUAUCCCAACAUUCCACGUGCAAACCCCCCCCCCCCCUUUUAAAAAUGCUGGUGCUCUGGUUUAAAUAGGAGGGACCUAUUAUUUUUGAGAGAGGACUCAAUAACAAUAUCCUGCUCUUGAGAAUGUGCAGGGUAUUAGCACCAACCUAUCGGAAAAUCCAAUAAAAUGUUUGCUAUAUUUCUUGACUAUACCUAUAUAUCUCUCCAGACUAUGUUGCAACCUGUAGUGUGAGAAGAUCCAAAUCUCUUGUUUUUGUUUUCAAGAGCAGUGGAUUUUCAUUUCAAAAAUGUUAAGUCUGCUUGUAUGCCUAAGAAGUGGAAAUAGGAUAGGGCCAUACAACCCCUAAAGCCUCCUGUGCAAUUCAUUAAGAUCAUAUGGUUGAUCUCCUACCUCACUUUCUUGCCUCUUCCCAAUAAGCUUUGAUUCCCAAUUGAAUAGCCACAGUUCUUGAAGGUAGCAGAUUCCAAAGGUACACAACCCUCUUUGGGAAGAAAUUCAUCCUCACCUCAGUCCAAGUUGGCUGAACCAUCAUUCCUGAAACGUUGCCCCCUGAUUCUAGAUUCUUAAACCAUUCAGCAUCCAAUGCAAGCCCCCUUGGAAUUUUUCACAUGGUUUUUGAUUUUCCAUGUGUCACUGUGGCAAUGCUGCCUAUUUCGAUUGAACAGCCAACAUCAGAUGCUCUCUACCCUACAUUGCCAUGUAUUGUCUGUUAGAUCACAAUGAUAUCAGCAGCUAACCUUAAACAAGCAUGCACUGCAUUUGUGAAUUUAUUGCCAGCAGUUAUACCUCUCAAUAAGAAAACUGUCGAAUGGCAGAGUGUGGAACUGAGAGACGAUAGCACAUCUCCACUGACAGAUUUUUUAAUUCAAUUUCAGAAAAUAAAUAUUUACUGUGCUGUUCACCAACCAGAGGUAGCUAAGUCAAUUUGUUCUCAUCACGUACUACUGUUAUUUAAAUAGUUAAAUCUCUACAUGCCUUAACAGGUUCAGUAGCAGGAUCUCUUGAGUUGUACUGCUGUUUGGUUAAUGAUGUAGGUUCUUAUUGUCAGGAUCAUAUUAAAGAUUAACUUUCAACAUUUUUUCAGCAACAAGAAUAGGUGGUGGGAAAAAU